GGAUAGGAAGUAUAAUAAAGCUGGUGUAAAAAUGUAACCACGUUUGAUUUUAGAAAAAGUAUCGCGAUUAUUCAAGGAACGAGAGUCCAUUACGAGAUGGCAGUUUUAGAGGCUUGAACCUUGAAGAGGCAGCACUAAUCAAAAGUGGUCCACGGAGACAGAUUGAGGGGCGUGCUGAAAUAAAUCAGCCCUUUGUUUUACGGCUUUAAAACGGCCGUUGGGGAUUUCGAACGCCAAGUUAUAUACGUCCAUUCAUUAGAAACACCCCAGCUGCGAGAUCGAAAAGACUUGGUCGGCCAUUCAAAAACUGCGUAAUCGUUGUUCUCUAAUACGAAUUAUACCGUUAUAUCAUUCCUCCUCUACAGCCUUUAACUGCUAUAUUUUAUUCGAAACUAUUUAUUCGAAAAAUUACAUUAAUUUCCAAGAGAUAAUAUACUCGAAUACGGAGAACAAUUUUGAUUGUUCAAAAUUUGAAAAAAAAAAUACAUUUGAAGGAACGAUUCAUCGGAUAACAAGUCAGAAGAAGCAAAUUUAAUAUCUCGUGAAUAUGUAUAUUAGAUUAUGUAUAUUAGAUAUAUUAAAUACAAUAAGAGGAAAAGUUGAUGAAAUGGAAGUUGUGUUCAUCGAUUUGAUGAAAGGAAAGGGUUAAACGAUGCAUUGUAGCGGAAGUGAUGAGAAUUAAUGAUUUUGGAGAUUUAUCCUGCAUCCCACAGGACCUUGUUGAUGAAAGGCAAGGAUCCUUCGUGUAAUGACCUGUCUGUGAAGAAUAUUUAAUUUCCUCGCACCCUUCUUGUAUCGAUGACUAAGACUAUUAUUCACAAGUUACGAUAAUUUUAAAAGUAUUGUACUUUAUAUUCGACUAGAUGCAAAGAAUAAUGAGAUUGAUCAAGGUAUGCUAUUGGAUAUAUUUAUAUUUAUCGCAAUGACAAUAAAAAAACAAAUGUUAAAAGUGGAAAGUACACUAUUGUUUCUAAUAAUCGGUAAUAAAUCAAAAAUAUUUAUAAAUUUUCCAGACAUUGUUAUAUAAUUAUACAGGCAAUGGCGGAGAUAAGCAGGCGUCGAUAAUUUAUUUUUAAACAGAAUCGCGCAACGUACAACAACGGUUAACGUUUCAAUUGUAAAAUAUUUGUUGUAAAAAUUAAUAUCCCUCGAAAUUUUCCACAAGUUUUAUAUCGAAAAUGUAAAAUUCUAUCCUUAAAUCUCAAAAUAUAUAAAUAAUAACAAAUAUUUUUAUUUCUUCCAACGAUGCAUAGGAUUUCAAAUAUAUCCUAACGUCAUUUUAAAAUUUUUUAUUCAUCUACUCUGAGUGAGUCAAGUUAAGAAAUACGUAAAAAACAUAAAAUCGAACGAAAAGGAAAAAAGAAAUCUUACGUCUUCAACAUAUGAUAAACGAUACGUGUCCAAAUAAUAAUAAUAUUUGGCCGUGGUGCAGUUUAUCUCAAUUUUCUAUUUUCAAAUUUUCCUCCUGGCCUGUAAAAUACCGCCACGAAGACAUUAUAUUUUUUGAAUAUCGACCGAUAAACGACGUACAUCGAUGAACCUGAGCGUGCAAGAAUACACGAUAAUAUAUUAUUAUUGCGCGGGCGCGGGUCAAUAAUCGAGCACGUUGCCUGGCGACGGUGCUCCUGCUCUCUCUCAGCCUCCGGAAUUUCUUCUUCUGCGGACUAGUCCUGCAACCGCGACUCGCAGAAGUCCAGCAACCUUCGAUACAUCGGCAUCGGACCGGUUUCAUACUCUCGCUCACGAAUACACGCCGUUAAACACUUGCGGUUGGACGAUUCGCUAGUUAUGUGGAGGAAAAGUAGACAGUUGGCAAAUGCUCGAGUUUGCCCAUCAGAAGAAAGUGAUAAAGAGGAUGAAGGAAGGUAUCGAGCUGUAUUACGUGAGGUCGGGAAUAGAUUCGAGGAGCUGUGCGGAUUUAAAUUGGCCGAUCUCUCGUCUUUCGAGAGAUUCGUUGCGCUCUUGUAUCGACCCGCUGAUCCAGCUAGCUUAGGAGUCGUUCGAGCACUCUUUGGAUUGUGCAUGGUGUUGGACGUGGUGGAGGAACGAGGAUUGGGCGACGUCGAUAUAAAGUGGGGAGAUCCUAUGGAGUGUCACUUCCCUUUGAUUCACGGGAUGAAACCGUUGCCGUUGCCAUGGAUGAUAACAAUUUACGCGAUAAUGUGGAUAGGCGCUUUCGGAAUCAUGCUCGGCUCGAGGUUCAAAAUAGCUUGCGCCUGUUUCCUGAUUCCUUAUUGGUACAUCUUCCUGUUGGACAAGAGCUAUUGGAACAAUCAUACGUACCUAUAUGGUAUCAUUGUGAUCCUCUUGUGGGGCACGGGGGCUGACAAAUACUUCGCGUUGGAUGCCACUGAAACGAAAAGAAGUGACAAUACCGUACCGUUGUGGAACUACUUCAUUUUGAAGUUCCAAUUUUUCGCGCUGUACUUUUUAGCUGGACUGAAGAAAUCCGGUGUGGAAUGGUUAUCUGGAUACGCCAUGGCAAAUUUGUCAAGGCAUUGGGUCUUCACCCCGUUUAGAUUAUUCUUGACCACCGAGCAAACUGAUUUUUUCAUAGUUCACUGGUUUGGAUUUAUCUUUGACCUUACCGUUGGAUUUUGGAUGCUGUUCGAUAAAACUCGUAUCCCUGCAAUGGUAUUUUGUACCGCUUUCCACUUAAUGAACUCUAGGUUAUUUAGCAUUGGAAUGUUUCCAUACGUGUGCCUUGCGACAAUGCCGCUCUUUUGCAAACCGAAUUGGCCCCGAAGCCUCGGCUCUUUCCUCAAACGUAACUCUUACUUUUCAUUUUCUGCGAAAAUUCAGGAUAUAAAGAUCUGUGAUAAAGGCACGAUAGAUCUGCCGAAAGAUUGGCACGAUAAUCUAAAUGGAAACGGGCCAUCGAUGAUCGAUAAUGGAAAUCGAGAAGGUACAGAUUCGAUAAACUCUACAAUUAAUUGUAAAAAACACACGAAGAGAAUGAAUCGAGGAAAAUCGGCAAAAGUGACGAGGAAGCAAAAGUUCGUAGUUUCUCUGUUACUAUUCCAUGUAUUCUUGCAGUUUUUCUUACCAUACUCUCAUUUUAUCACGAAGGGUUACAACAAUUGGGUACCGGGAAUGUACGGAUACUCUUGGGAUAUGAUGGUCCACGUUUGGGACACUGUACUCGUAGUGGUUAAAGUUCACGACAACGCGAGUAACGAGGAUCGUUAUUUGGAUCCCACAGCUUGGGUACAGAGUAAUAGGUGGGAGAAACACGGUGACAUGCUCGUGCAAUACGCCUCUUGUUUGAAAGAAAACUUGAUUAAGCAGGAGAGGCAAUUUUUCGAGAAUAACUUCCAACGCGAUAAAAGGCCAAAAUGGUCGCGAUUGUCGACGAAUUUGAGUAUCUAUAUCGACGUGUGGUGCUCGUUAAACGGAAGAUUCCAACAGAGAAUGUUUAAUCCAAAUGUUGAUAUGUUAACGGUAGAUUGGCAUCCUUUUAAGCCCAUCUCGUUUUUAAUGCCACUACUUUCCCAGUAUAAUUCCUACAGAUACAAGCUGGAAGAAAUUCAGCAACAAAUUUACACUUGGUCCAACGACACGGACGUCCUCUUCGUUGCCGAUUUUCCAGGCAUGCAUCUGGAUAAUUACAUCACCAAAAACUUCACCAACGUCACGUUGACGGUACUCGAAGGUGAAGUGACGUACAGCGACGAGAGACGGGAACACGACAUCAUGGUAGCGAAGGGAUCAUCGAUUCCGAUUGAAACGGGACAAUUUCACAAAGUGAAAACUGUUAGCGCUUAUCCAGCUUGCUACAUGUACACCUGUACAAAUCGGAACAAACAGCAAUCAGGAAUUAAUGGAACAACAGUGAUUGAAGAAUCGAAAGAAGCUCUACCAAUCGCAAAGGAAAUAAAUUAUAAAAUCGACGCUUGGAUAAGAGCGUUCCAUCACAUUGCGAAUGCAUUUUUCUACUUGGUGUACGACGUGCCCAUGGUUCGAAGGGUACAAAUAAGCAAUUAAUCUGAUUUCCUUUUAUUAUUAUAUAAAGCAAAGCGAUUUCCGUUUCCUCGAAUGAAUAAUUAUUUAGUAGUAAGUAGGAAAUAGGAGAGCGUGAAAAAAUUUAUUUUUUUACCUGUCGAGGGUAAAAUUGUGAUAACGAUUCUCAGCGAAUAGCGUUAUGAUUAGCUCCACGCAUAGUUAAUUGCUACAAAGAAUUAAAUACGUUGGAAGAUAAUUUAUUAUAAUUUUAUCAGUUAUCUCGCGUCGAAAAAUAUGACAAGUGGGAAGAAAAAAGUGUUCGAGAGUGCGUGAUGAUAACGAUGUGUAACAUUGUGCAGUCUAUUAUUAAUUGUUUAAUAAAAAAGAUAAAGUCGAAGACGAUCGUAAUCAUAAGUACCGUCGAUUCAUCUAAGCCUAUUUGGAAUCGCAUCUCGUAACAAUGAAAUUCUAAACUUUUCUCACUUAACGUGAUUGGAGAACGGUGACGCGAAAUUAAUCUCAAGGAUAUCGAAUCAUAGAUACAUGCUAUCGAUUGUAUUAUUUAUAGAUAAAUAAU